AGCCAAAUCUUUACUAUCUAACCUAUCUCAAAGCACUACCUCAUCAAUUAACCAUUAUUUUGUAUCAAUUUUUCAAGAUAAUAAAAAGAAUUGCUUAACUGAGAAUAAGUUAGAAAAAUAUUUGGAUAUUAAAAAGUUGCCUCUUGCUCUACAAGAAUAUUUACUUCUAGUAUAUUGGAAAAAGUUCAAAAAAGAAUUUCUAAAUUUAA